AUGUCUACUGUCUCUUUCACCAAGCUGAACGGCAACGGCAAGCGGCUGGUCCCGCCAUCAUCCUCCGCAGCUUCGCCACCAGCCAACACCUCGCCCACCAAGUCCGACGGCACGCCUACGAAAAAGCAGAAGCGCGACAAUAUUGCCUCGAUGGCCCGCGCCGCCUCGCCCAUCAUGACACCGGCCGCCGCCGCCGCAGCUGCCAAGGUGAACGAAAGAGGCGGCCACAUCAUGACCCAGCUGGCGUUCACCGUCGAGUUUCUCAAGACGAAGCGCGAGCCCAAGCAGCUGCACGAGAUCCUGGACCACCUGACGCUCAGCAACAUCGACGAGCAGACCCAGAAGAUCUUCGUGAACCUCAUGCGCAACCACCCGCGCAUCAACUACGUGUCGGCGUCGCGGGCACAGACGGCCGCGGACCCGACACUCGCCUGGCGCACCGGCACGUACGAGUUCAAGGCCAAGAUCCCCGGCGUGCACAGCAAGGAGGCGCUGCUGGGCUACCUUCAGGGCAAGACGGACGCCUCGUCGCUGGCGGUCAAGGACUUGAAGGACGGCUGGCCCGACUGCGAUGCCGCCAUCACCGAGCUGGAGGACGCCAACAAGAUCCUCGUGGUCCGCACUAAGAAGGACAACCACGCCAAGCUCAUCUGGGCCAACGACCCCUACCUAUGCCACAGUGUCGACCCCAUGUUCAAGGUCAUGUGGCACAACAUCGAGAUCCCGACCGCCGACGACAUUGUGCGUAAGCUCGCGGCCCUCGGCCAGAAGCCCGCGAGCGAAGACCCGCGUCUUAAGAAAAUGGACGCCCCCAAGACCGCGGCCAAGAAGCGCAAGUCGACGCGCCCGCCCAAGCACCAGUCUAACUCGCACAUGGCGCAUCUCCUCAAGGAUUUCAGCCAUCUGAAACGCUGA